CAUGGAUUCAACUAUCUUAUGUCCGAUCAAGUACACCGAGCACAAAAGAGUCACAAAAAUGUUCAGAAAGCCGUCGUUGAAAUCCAAAAGAGCUGCUUCCGAUUAUGACCAUGACUCUACGAACAGCGGUGUUCCUAGGGUUCCGAGAAUCGUACGGGUGUCCGUUACGGACCCUGAUGCAACCGACUCAUCUAGCGACGAUGAAGCUGGAUUCAUUGGUCGGCAGAGAGUGAAGUGCUAUGUCAACGAAAUCAACAUCCAAUCCUCUUGCAACAAUGGGAAGAGGAAAGCCGCCGCUACCUACGUCGCAACCGCCUGUCGUAGACCGGUUAAGGUUUCUUCGGGUAACGGGAAUGGUAGGAAGUUCAGGGGUGUACGGCAAAGACCCUGGGGUAAAUGGGCGGCGGAAAUUCGAGAUCCUGCUCGACGUGUACGGGUGUGGUUGGGUACUUUCGACACUGCUGAAGAAGCCGCCAUGGUUUAUGAUAAUGCAGCAAUCAAACUCCGGGGACCUGAUGCUCUGACCAACUUUGUUACUCUGCCGGCUAAGGAAAACAUGGAAAAGCCUGAAAAUAUUAAAGUGGCUUCUGGGUAUGAAUCAGGGGAUGAGUUAUCUCGCAAUCUUUCUUCUCCGACUUCUGUUCUUAACUUUCGAACUCAGUCAAGUGAAAAAACAGCAACCGAACCGGAAAAGCCAGUUCAAGAACUCCAAGAAGAAGAGAGUAAACCGUCGCCGGUGGUGGUUCCUAUCAAAUGCGAGUGGCAAACUGAAACGAACUUGUUCGAUCAUUCGGGAGACUAUUUGCCGCUUGAUUUCCCUUUUCUGGACGAGUUUUUCAACGUUUCAGUUCCCGAGUUAUCGUUUUUAGAUCAAACAGCAACGGAGUUGCCGGUAAGUGAAAAUUUUAGCGACGCGUUAAUCGACGUAGCUCAAGAUUUUGCUUGCUGUUCAUCAUCGUCGUCGUCUAUUUCUCAAGUGGACGAUUACUUUGACGAUAUCGGAGAAAUAUUUUUCUCAGAUCCUCUUGUAGCAUUAUGAGAACAACUUUAACGGUUUCCUGGAGCGAUGUAGCUGGAAAAUUUUGUCGGAAAAUUUAGAUAGAUGACCAUUCAAAAAAUU